AUGAUCGCCAAGGACAGUCUGAAUGCUGAGAAAGCAUAUACUCUCCAGGGAGAAUCCAAGAAAAUCUUCGAGACAAUCCUGAAUGAUUCUCGCUUGAACGUACCAUCCGAUGUCAAAGCACUAGGCGACAGAAUCAAGUUCACUGGAGACGAAAGAGACCCAUUUUACCCGGUCCCGUACAAGGCUGCAGAAUCCCAAGCAGGGCUUCUUGGCCUUGUGGGUGUUUUUGCUCUUGCUAUAGCUAAGGAUCGCUACGGAAUCGAUCAAGACGUCGAAAUUGAUGUUGCCCACGCAUUGCUCAACGGCCUCGGGGCAUUGUUUGCUCGCCAUGAAGGCUCUUGGUUAUCGGGGAGUCCGAAGAUGAUGGGUGCAGUGCAACGGUGGGAUCACGGCAAGACACGAGAACUUUACCGUCAACUUGCAACCAAUAUUUACAAGACAAAGGACGGCCGCUGGUACUCUCUCCACGGGAAUAUGAACCCUUCCCACUUGCUGGAAAUGCUUGGGGUGGCACAGCACAAUGAGGAGAACUUGAGCUGGCAACAAAUACUGGACAUGUACGCAAAGAUUGUGGGAAACCUGGACUCGGAGACUCUUGACAACUGGAGCAAUAAUGUCUAUCGGACACCUGGUACUGUCUGCCUGGAAAAGGAAGAAUUCGAGAACUCCCCACAUGGAAGAGCCAUUCAAGACGAGCCGUAUUACAACGUGAUCCCACAGCCAUACUACACACAGCCUCCCCUGUCCUGGGACACUGUAGGAUAUGAUCGAUCAGAUAGGCGGCCGCUGUCCGGGAUCAAGGUACUUGAUCUCGCACGAGCAAUUGCUGCACCCACCAUUGGCCGAGUCUGCGCAGCACUAGGUGCGACUGUUAUCCGUGUAUCAUGUUCCACUAAUACGGAGCUUCCAAUAACUCUCAUCGAUGGAUGUAUUGGUAAGACAAGCGUGGACAUCAAUCUCAAGACCUUCGCCGGCAGAAAGAAGCUUCUAGAGCUGAUCCAAGAAGCUGAUGUGUUCAUCGACGGCUACCGUCCAGCUGUAAUGGAGCAUCUUGGUUUUGGUCGUGACGCUGUUCUCGGACUUGUGGCUAAGCGCGACAGAGGUAUCGUCUACUGCCAGGAAAAUUGCUAUGGCUGGAAAGGGCCAUGGGUGAUCAGACCUGGCUGGGCACAGAUUGCCGAUACGGUAUGUGGCAUUGGUCUUGGGAUAGGACGUUUCAAUGGUUACGACGAAGCCCAUAUCUUCCCUGGCCCAAAUGCCGACUACCUGACUGGGCACGCAGGUGCUGCUGCUGUACUACAUGCCCUCUACCUACGCAACAGGCAAGGUGGAUCGUAUGUUACCCAGUGCUCGCUACUCGUCUCCAACUUGCAAAUGCAAUCCUACGGCACAUACAGUGAGGAACAGCAAGCAUCAUUGAAAUCGCGCAACAAGGAACUGGUAGGCCACAUGCGCCACUACGACGAAAUUGUUAGCCACGGGAAGAACAGGCACGUUGUUAGAGGUUUUAUAGCUGAUCGGAAUUUCGAAUCGGCGAUCAAGACAGAAUACUAUCAGACCAUGGAUGGAAGUAUGUGGGGAUUGGGAGAUGUUGAAUUGAUUAAGUUGGCGUUGGAUUUCAAAUCAGAGGGACAGAGCUCUGCAAUGCGAACUGACUGGGUGGUCGCGCCAUGUCCUCCCGGCUAUCAUCUACCGGGGUGGGAGAGGCAGCUGAACCCGGACUUUGUACCUAUCAAGCCUACAGAGGUCACACAAGCAUAG